AUGAGGAACACUCAUCAUCAUCAUCAUCAUCACCCAACAGUGGGCCAACUUUCACUAUCCCAAAGGGCUAGGAAUAAUAAUAAUAAUAAUAAUAGCACUAGUAGUGCUAAUAGUACUACUGCUACUCUUGUUGUACCUCAAAGAGUUCAACUGGUUCAAACAGUCAACAUUGACUAUUUCCCUGUCCAAAACCAAGUAGUUUCUGGUAAUGAUGAUAAUGGGUUUUGUUUCACUGAGGUUUUCAGAACCCAAGAGGUUGUCAGAACCCAAUUUCUGAACUCAGCCACAACUAGAGAUCGGUUUUUGCAGGCUCCAAAUCACCAUCAGAUCAGUAGUCACUGCUAUGGUGGCCCUAGUCAAUCCCAAGCUCAAGCUCAAGCCCAAGCCCAAGCCAAUCCCAUAUUCAAUCAUGGUAACAAUACUAACCCAGUUCAUCAUCAUAAUAUUGGUUAUCAAUAUAAUAAUAAUCAGUGUUUUAAUGGCUCCAAAGGGUAUAAUAAUUCUUCUCAUUAUCAAUAUGCUGCAAACCCUAGUCAUGUUUUUCACCAAAACCCAUCACAAUCAUCAUCAUCAUCAUCGUCUAGACUGAGGCUUAUUGAGAGUGAUGAGCAUGGAGAAGAUGAAGAAGUGAUUGUUUUUGAUGUUCAGCCAAUGAAUGUUGAUUUAUUUUCUUCUGAAAAUGACCCAAUAUUCCCUGACACCCAACGAAAACAAAAACGAAAACAAAAACAAAAACAAAAACGAAAACAAAAACACUCACCACCACCACCACCACCACCGUCCUCACCAUCCUCACCACCAAGUCAUGAAGAUGAUGAUUAUGAUGAUGAUGAUGCUGACUUCAAUGUUGAUGAAGAAGAGCUCAAGGAGUUAGAGGAAGAAGAAGAAGAGCUUGAUGAGGAUCUUGAAGACUGUGACUUGGAGAGUAGUGAUGGGAGAACACAUAGUCUUCCUUACAGGAAAUAUGGACCGUACACGUGUCCAAAAUGCAAAAAGGUGUUCAAGACUUCACAACUGUUUGCUGCUCACAUGGGGUCUCACUACAAGUAUGAGUCUAAGGCUCAAAGGAAGAGAAGGCUGUUGGCUAAGUAUGGUCUGAGUAAGUAUCUUGAAAUGGUCAAGCCCAGGAAUAAUAAUGGAGUGAUCAUGACUAGAAUCAUGGUGACUACUCCUCAUCAUGAUCAGAACAGGUACAAUAAGAAGAGGUCCAGGCUCCAUAGAAGGUUGGCUAAUAAUAAUAAUAAUAAUAAUGAUAAUAAUGUUGGAGUUGGAUCAGUUAGAGUUGGAGAUGAUGAUGAUGAUGAUGAUGAGAGGAAACAACAAGUUCUUGAAGAUAUCAAAUUUGAGGGCUUGUUUCUUGAUGUGAAAAUUAAGGAAGAGUAA